GCAGGCUCCAUCACCUUCGUGGGACUCUACCUCGUCUUCGGCUAUGGCGCCUCACUGCUCUGCAACCUCAUCGGCUUCGCCUACCCUGCCUACGUCUCCAUCAAAGCCAUCGAGAGCUCCAGCAAGGAGGACGACACCACGUGGCUGACGUACUGGGUGGUGUACGGCGUCUUCAGCGUGGCCGAGUUCUUCUCCGACAUCUUCCUCUACUGGUUACCGUUUUACUACUUUGGAAAG